AUGCAGUUCAAGCUCGCCGCCGUCCUCUUCGCUCUGGCGUCCCUUCUCGGCGCGUCGUCGGCCAGCGUCUCGCGGACGCCGGUGAAAUCGCGUCUGAAGUCCUUGGUUGGGAAGAAUCCGCCAGUGACCUGGGUGAUGUGUGUUCUGGCAGAGGAAUGUGAUAGCCGCGGGCCUGGAAGGCUCAACCCCGAGUGGCAGCCGAUCCUGCAUAUAUCUAACCAGGUCGUGCUCUACAACCCGACCUCACAUGCCCUCUCCAUCCGCACAACGCCGAAUACGAGCCUUGCUCCUACAACGACCGAAAAGGGAUAUGUCUCCCAGGCUUUGAAACUUGUUCCUACUGUUAGAGACCUGUGGUCUCCAGCAGUGCUAUCUGCCAUACUCUUCCCUCCCGUUCCAAUGUCGUACACCGUAGAUGCAGUUGGGGCUGCUGCCCCUGAGCUCCCAGUCCAGUCUUCCUUGGACUUGAAGGAGAAUAUGUCAGAUGACGCUCACAACAGCAAGCAGUACCUCGCAGACUGCGCGAGCCGUCCUGUGCCUCGAAAGCGGAUUAGUACAAGGAGGAAAAUUGUGGUGGAUUACACUGCUGGUACACUGUCUGUCACACAUGUUGAUCGCACACGCGAUGCGCUUGGGGCCUUCAAGCCGAGAAAUGCUGUGGAGAGGGGAGCAUACGGUGUUGAGGUUGUUGGGCGGAGGCUGCAAGAGGAAAAGGUUCUUGUGGGGAUGAAGAUAGUUGAGAAGCUAUUGAAGCAGGACAGGAAUGCGUACGUCCUCUUCGAACGCGACGAUUGA